AGGUUGGCUCACACACCAGGGGCGUAGCGAGAACUUUUACAAUGGGCUCGCCAGCAGGUUAAAACUAAUGACUUUAUUGUGGUGGGGUAAAAUACUAAUCCACAACGAUUGGUCAAUGGCUCCAAGGAAUAGUUCGCUUCCGUGUUAGCUAGGUAAACCUGCUUGUUUCUGUUGUUGUUAAUAUACAUUACUGAUUGUUGAUUGUUAUUGAUUGUUGAUUGUUACUGAUUGUUGAUUGUUAUACUCAUGCACGCUAGGGUGGCACUGCCUAGCCCGUAGCUACACCCCUAUUUCACACACAGCUGCUGUUUUACAUUAUCCUGUAUCUCACACACACACACACACACACACGUUUCCACCACACGAGGGUGCUGCUCACACUCCGUUAGCGCAUAUCCCAACACAGUCGGUUUGUUUACUUGACGCAUUUAGUUAGAAAAUAGCCAAUAUAGCUUAUAGUGAGUAUUGACACUUACAGCAGUGAAGUCGUGGAUCCAGCAGAGAAAUUGAGAAAGCUGAGGUGGUUUCGGUGACUCGGAGCUGACGGGGUGACACUCCUCGACGGAAUAGCAACAGAAUGUCUUUCAUAUUUGAUUGGAUCUACAGAGGUUUCAAUAGUGUACUGCAAAUAUUAGGACUGUAUAAAAAGACCGGAAAGCUGGUUUUCCUUGGAUUAGACAAUGCAGGAAAAACAACAUUAUUGCACAUGCUUAAGGAUGAUCGACUUGGGCAGCAUGUGCCAACACUUCAUCCAACUUCAGAAGAGUUGACCAUUGCUGGGAUGACUUUCACUACGUUUGACCUGGGUGGACAUGCACAAGCAAGAAGAGUUUGGAAGAAUUACUUACCAGCCAUAAAUGGAAUAGUCUACCUUGUGGAUUGUGCUGACCAUGACCGCCUACAUGAGGCUAAAAUCGAACUAGAUGCCCUGCUAACUGAUGAGACCAUAUCUGAUGUGCCAAUCCUUAUUUUGGGAAAUAAAAUUGAUCGACCUGAGGCAAUAAGUGAAGAUGUACUGCGAGGAACCUUUGGCCUACAUGGACACACUACUGGGAAGGGGAGUGUGUCACUGAAAGAGCUGAACAUGAGGCCAAUGGAAGUUUUCAUGUGCAGCGUGUUAAAAAGACAAGGAUACGGGGAUGGUUUCCGAUGGCUUUCUCAAUACAUUGACUAAUUGGUUAAGACUAAACAGCCUCUCCAAACCACUUGGCUCUAUUUAUUGAAGGUUUGAAUCAGGAGUAAAGAACUACUUAAAAUGGAAUGAAAACUGACAAUUAUUCUGGUAGUAGUAUUUUUUUUAAUUGUGCCAAAAAUAAAACAUGCUCCUUAAAGACAAUUGUGUACUCUCAAAUGACAGAGACGAAUAACCGAUUGUAUCAUUGCUCCUUUUAAAGUUUAAACAAUCUGUAUUGUACAUAUUGAGUCAGGAGUAUUUGAGGAUAAAUUGCAUUCAGGGUUUGUUGCGUCUACAUUACAUACCCUUUCUGUUACAUACACUUUCAGAUAAAUAUGUAUUGCACAUGUUUGUUUGUUUUUUAAUGGGAAAAGUGGAUGAUAUGGAAAUAAACCAACAGAUAUAUGAAAUAUGGUGCAAUAACGAGACCUAUGUAGCUUGCAUAUACUUUAUUUUUUAUUUUUAAACACUUAACACCUGUGUGCCUUAAUGAGUGUGGUGUGGUAUCAACAACUGAUUGGUAC